ACACAAACUGAACUCCGGCUCAUGGGAGGACACCUUGGACGAGCCCCAUCACCACCACGCGCACCACUCGCACCACCAGCACCAUCUGCACCAGCAUCCGCAUCAGCAUCCGCAUCAGCACCAGCACCACUCGCACCUCAGUCAGUCGCGGCAUCAGCAGCUGCAACAGACCUCGUUCAUCGGAUCACCGCCGUCGAGUGCCAGCAUCACCACCGCCCAGCUGCACAGUGCGUUUAGCCGGAGGAUCGCCGAGCAGCGGGAGCGAGAUCAGCGGGAUCAGCGGGACGCAGCGGGCUGCACCGCAGCAGCCACAAUUGCCGGCGGAAGCUUCAGCGCCAACGGUGGCCAGGCUGCCGUUGGUGUCGGCGUUGGUAGCAGCAGCAGCUGCGGCAGCAGCAGCGAACGGGACACCAAAUCGCCGUGCCGCGAACGGGAUAGGAAUCUCGAGCGGGACAGGGAUCGCGAGCGGGACAGGGAUCGCGAGGAUCUGGGCGAGGAGGAAGUUCUCACCGAGGAGGAGCAGACCAGCAGCAGCGUGAGUUCGCUAAGUGCCGGCAAUCAACGCAAUUCGCAAUUGCGUUCCACCUUCAACAAGGCCAAGCAGCAUUUGUCGUUUGACAAAUGGCGCACGGCCGCCACCGGAAGCGCAACAGGUUCCGCAUCCGGCCCAGCAUCAUCCACCACUGAGAGCAACAACGCCGCCGCCAGCAACAUGAUUAUGCGCCGCGCCAGCGCCUGCACAAUGCCAUCGACUGGCGGAGGAGGAUCAGCAGGCGGUGGUGGUGGUUCCCAGAGAGAGGAAGCCACCACACCGGGUGAAUCGCCCGGUGGACGACUGUCCCGCUGGUUCUCCAUCAGGCGCGGCUCGUCGCAUCAGUACGAUGUGGGAGGACGCGAUGGCCGCCACUCGACGGCCUCCAGUUUCGAUACGCCCGACUCGGGCACGGGAAAUUCCCCAAAGAACGGCACCAAUGCGGCAGCUGGAUGCGGGGGAGCAGGAUCCCAGGGAGUAGCGCUGGACGCAGCUUCGCCACAGAAAUUGGCCAAUUUGGGAGCCAGCAAAAUGAUGCCCGGCGUGCCAGAGUCGGAGGAUGAUGAGGCGACCGGCAAUCGCUUCGACAUGGACCUCAUGAUGACACCGGGCAGUCGGGCCAAUGGAACCGCCCGCACCGCCCACAACCGGCUGAUUGUGCCCAUGCUGCCGCCCGCCCCCGCCGGCCUGUCCCAGCAGCAGCUGAAGCGGCGCCACAUCGUGGCAGCCAUCGUGCACAGUGAGAACUCGUAUGUGGCCACCCUGCAGCGACUAGUCAAUGAUUACAAGAAACCGCUGGAGGAGUGCAGUCCGCCGGUGCUGAAUCCGGUGAAGAUAGCCACCCUGUUCCAUUGCCUGCCGGACAUCCUGCACUCGCACAAGUUGUUCCGCAUCUCGUUGGCGGAGUGCGUCCGGAACUGGGAUCGCGAUGAGAAGAUCGGCGAUUGUUUUGUGAGCGCGUUUGGCAAGCCGCAGCUACUAGAGAUCUACUCCGGUUUCAUCAACAACUUCUCGGCGGCCAUGGAGCUGGCCAAGAUGGAGGAGAAGCGCAAGUCGGCGCUGGCCGACUUCUUCAAGGUCAAGCAGAUCAGUGCCCACGAUCGGUUGUCGUUUUUCGGACUGAUGGUGAAGCCGGUGCAGCGUUUCCCCCAGUUCAUACUCUUUCUGCAGGACCUGCUGAAGUACACGCCGCAGGGCCACCACGACAGGAUGUCGCUGCAGUUGGCCCUGUCGCAGCUGGAACUGCUGGCGGAGCUGCUCAACGAGAGCAAACGGGAGGCGGAGCAGUACCAGGCCUUCAAGGAGAUGCUCGGCCACAUCUCGGGCACCUUCAAUGCCCGAUCCUUGAGCUUGAGCAGCGUCAGUGUCAGCGACUCCGCCGGCGGCCAUCGGCCCAGGUACUUACUCCGCGAGGACAACGUCACCCACAUGGAGUUCAACCAGGCCGGGUUCAUUGUCAAGUGCAAGCAGCGCCGGCUGCUCCUGCUCAACGACAAGGUCAUCUGCGUGUCGGUGGCGCCCAAGCAGUCGCACGACUUCGGGGCCACCGAGAAGCUCACCUUCAAGUGGAUGUUCCCAGUCAACGAUGUCGAGAUCGUGGACAACAGCACGUCGGCCACGCUCUCCCGGAUUCUCACGGCCGGUCUCAACCGCGGCGGCAGCUUGAAGUCCAAUGGCAGCAGCGGCGCCAACGGCAGUCCGUAUGCGAAUAGCACACUGCCAGGACACGGAGGUGGCUCGUCUGGCUUCUCCGGCUUCGGAGAUCCGCACAGCUCGCCGGCCGCCCAGCUGACCAACGGGGCGGACAAUCUGUGCAGCGAGAUGAGCACGCUGAUGUACGACUACGAGGUAAUCUCCCGCAUUCAGGAUCUGGUGUCCAGCUUAAAGGGCAGCUACAAGGAGCUGAACGCCAAUACCACGCGCAACGUGCUCAACCUCAUUCAAGGCUCCAUCCAGCGCAAGGACGAGGAGAUGGCCUGGGUGGACUCGUGCUGCCUGCAGCUAAUCGGACGACACAAGUCCGGCAAGGAGGAAACCUUCACAUUCCAGACGCAGACGCCGGCGGUGAAGAAGGAGUGGAUCACAGAGUUGCGUCUGGCUCAGCUGGCCCUGGAUCCGAACAAUUCGCCAGCCUGGGAACGUGGUGGCUCCCAUCCUCAGCCCGCCCAUCACCAUCCACAUCAUCAUCCGCUGCAGCAUCCGCACGCGGGAGCGGGUGAUCCCCGCCAGACGCAGGAACAACUGCAGCUCCAGGAGGCCGUGCAGCAGAAGCAGUCGCGCAAAAUGCCGCUCUUUGUCAAGGCGAUGCCUGUCUACAAAUCACAGCAUCAAACCGAGGUGCGCUGUGGAUGUUACUAUAGCAUCGCCAAUGACACCAAACAGAGCGGAAACGCGCGACGCAGGCACAAGCAGCUGAACUACCUGUGGAUGUGCAGCAGCGACGGAACCUCCUCGCACAUCACCGUGUUGGCCCAACACCCGCAGCAGGCGGGCAAUCUUCGCGAGGCGGGCGCCUUCGACCUUUUCGAGACACAGGUCUCGGCCUUGGAGUUCGUCAAGGGAUUGGAUCAGCUGAGGUCGCGAGAUGAGCCGGCCAGUCUGCUGGGCGAUCUGGUUUGGCUGGGCACCGAUAGCCGCAAGAUUCUGGUCUACUCCGCAAGGAAUCCCGAGCAGGAGGAGCAGCUGGGCAGCUACUCGGUACCGGGCGCAGUUCAGCGUAUCCUUUACCACUUCGAUGCGGUCUAUGUGGCUCUGUCGGGGGCCACGGUGCUGAUCUUUCGCCGAGGAAACGAUGGCGUUUGGCAGUUGCGCGACCCGCAGACCAUCCGUCUCGGUGAUAGCGAUCUGGUUGUGCCCAGCCUAUUGCCCAUCAACAUGUGCAUCUACGCCUCGUGCGGCAACCGAGUGUAUGUUAUGAACGCCCUGAACGGCGAGAUCCAGCGGAGCUUUGAGGUGCAGCACGGGGCCACUCAGCAGGUGAAUCUAAUGGCGCACUCGGGCAUCGGACUGUGGAUCUCGUUGAAGAACUCGACGAUGCUGUGCCUGUACCACACGGAGACGUUUAAGCAUCUGCAGGACAUCAACAUAGCCUCCAGUGUGCUGCGACACGAUGGCAAAAAGGAGCAGCCGCUGAACAACAGCUCGGUGUAUGUGACCGCCCUGAUGGCCUGCAAGGGAUUACUGUGGGUGGGCACCAAUGUGGGCAUCGCGGUGACCAUACCGCUGCCCCGUCUGGAGGGUGUGCCCAUCAUCAGCGGGGGAAUCAACAUGUCCUGUCACGCGCACUUUGGACCCAUCACCUUCUUGUUGCCACUGAUUCCCAAGGUUUAUCCCGCCUACAAGCCACCGACCGUGGGUGCAGCUCCAUUGGUGCCUAGCAUGGGGGAUGACCUCCAGCUGCCGGCCAUUGAUGCGGAUCCAAAGAUCCAGGAGCUGGACGACGGCGCUGUUGUGCUGCGUCGUGAUCUGGCCAAGGAAGAGAUGGUGGCCAGCAAUCCUGGAGCGGACUCAACGGCCUCAUCACCGCGCAGCUCCAAGCUGGACAAACAGAAUUCGCUGGACCAGAGUUUCACUGCAAAGAUACGCGCUUCGCUGGCCAAUUCGCCGGCCUUCCACCGCAAGCGGUUCCGCGAUGAUCCGAACAGGAUGUCCAAAACAUUGCCCCGUGGCCUGGGAGCAGCUGCAGCCGGAAACGGAGCGGGAGGAGGAGCCAGUGCAGCAGGAUCGGGAACUGCCAGUGGAAACACAUCGCAGCAUGGCGAGCAUGGUAUCUGCGACGUUUAUGGCCUGUAUGGCAAGCUGAUAUUCGUGAAGGAGGACUACGAUGCGGAGGAGGGCAAUCAGGGCAACCUGAUGGACAUGAUGUACGAGGGCAUGAGGCGCUCGGAUCCGGAACUGGCAGCCAUACCCGGCAAGGUGUGCACCCUGGACAGGCGUUUGCGCAUGAAGGCUUCGCGACCGAGAUCGUUGGACCUGUCCAACUGGUCGGUGGACUCCAAGUCCUCCAGUCUGUACACAUCGUCGGGCAGCGAGGAGAGCAUGGGCAUCCGGCACUUUGGCGGACGCUCCGUUUCCCGCAACAGCAGCAGUGCCAGCCACAAGACCUCCGGCACAGGCAGUGACCUGGGCAACAUAUCAGAGAACGGCCUCAUGACCACUGCGGACAUCCAUCACCAUCAGCAGCAGCAGCAACAGCAACAGCAGCAGCAGCAGCUAUGUAACUCAGCCAAGCCGGAGGAGAUGAGCCGACUGGGCGCAGGGAACGCGGGACUGGACAAGCCAGCGGCCGCGGUGGCCACUUUGAAGCGGAAACAGAAGCAGAACACCAAGCAGCAGCAGCAACAGAACGCCGACGGGCCGAGGACAGUGAUCACGCUGAUGGGCGGACGCGGCUACUGGCGCCAGAUGUGGUACAACGGGGCGGGUGGUUCGCCCAGCCAUAAGAACAGCAGCUCCGGCGGCGGCGGCGGAGGCAGUGGCUCCGGCUUCAGUGGCCAAACAAUGCAGUCGGGCAAUCCCAGCUGCUCACCGCUGACGGCCAACUCCAAUGACGCCCACAUCGUGGUCUGGGAGAAGAAGUUAUAAUCGCAGGAGCUGGUGUGCUGCUGCACCCUUCAGCAGCAUCCCCACCAGCACCAUCCGCCGCUCACCGAGCUAUGGCGCCGCGUGGGCGAGCAGCAUCAGCAGCACCACCACCAGCUGCAGCAGUUGCAGCAGGCGCAGCGUCGUGGACGUGGACGGGUCCGGUUCCGGGGAUCCUUUAUCCAGCGGGAUCGCAGUGCCGGCAGCGAUGGAGGCGCCGGCUGUGGAUCAGGUGCAGGUGCAGGUGCUGGCGGAUCGGGGGGCAUGUUGGGUGCCAGUCUGAAGCGACUGACCAAACUGAAGCGCGGCGGCAGCCUCAAGGAGUUCUAGAUACGCGUGUACAUUGUUUUUCGAAAUUUAGUUCGUAACACUUAGACUUACGUUUAGGCACAAAAACCCCGGCGGCCACCUAAAUCACUUGAUUUCUUUUGCGUUUGCUGUAAGCCGGAAUAUCGAAUAUAUUUAUUAGCGCCCUGUCUACGAUUCCAAUCCGAAUCGCAGAACCAUUUAUCCCCGAAGCUCCAAAUAUUUUCAAAUGUACAGAUUCAUGGAUGAACUGUACUGCUUUCGUUUUUCACAUUUCAAAACUAUCUCUUUCUAUUUGAGCCUUAUAUACGAGUAUGCUUUCAUUUUGAUCAUUUGGAAAUCGAAGUUAAACAUUGUUAAUCUCUAAGUUAAUCACAUUUAACUGCAGUUCUUCAAAAUUCAGUGCUAAAAAUCUGCUAGCUUUCGGGAAAAGCUGAGUUUGAAUUGGGUUUGGAUCGUGCAGCGGGCACAGUGGUGUAUAUAUAGCGAAUGUUUCUGAAGAAACCUAGUGUUUAGUCAGUGUUUUCUCAAACUUGAGCAGCCAACUAUCUCUUUUCGUUUUCGAUUCUUGCGUUAGAAUGUGAAACUUAGCCCUAGGGAAAUGUUUUUUUUUUUCGUAUGUAGUCCAUAACUGAAUAUCCAAAUAUACAAGUUUUUUUUUCGUUAGCUCUGUAAGCACAUUAUGUUACAUAGGAUAUAGCUAGGCGAUAAGCGAUGCAGCACACACACACAAGAGAGCGGCCAAGCCAACAAGCUAGGGGAAAUGAUGUUGUCUGUAAAAUAAGAGAUAAGGCAAAACAAUAAUGCACUAAUGCAUUUUGCAUUGUUUAAGUAUCCAGGAGGGAAACUGUCGAAGGAGCAGGACUUGUGGAUGGAGACUGUGACAUGGUAAUGCAGAUGGUUGUUUGGCGCAUUCUACGACCAUGUGCAGCACUUAUUUUUCGGGUUUUCUCAAGUUUUUCGCAGCGAAAACUCGAAAACUCUAAGGCAGCUGGCAGCACUUUCCUUAUGUAUGUAUUAUAACGAAAUUAAUAUUUAACGUACUUCCCCUUCUAUGGAUAAACCCCAUUUGUAGUACUCUAAUGCCUGUAUUUGUGAACAUUUACAACAAGCAAACAAGAAAUAAAAAAAAAACAAGUGUUUUUUUUUUUGUCUGUCAAGUAAAUCUAAAUAUACCAGAGUAAUGAAGCGAACAAGGAAUAUCUUAUAUAUACACAAAAGCAUACUUAUAUACGAUUUACAUUUAUAAAAAAUAUACAUGUGCGUGUGUGCAACAUGAGUAUUUAGCUAAAAAUAAUAAAAAAAAAAAAAAGAAGGAAAAUGUUUUAUCGAAGAUAUUUUUUGUGAACGAUAUCUUUUGGAUACACAUAUAGAAGUCAGGCAUAAUGCAAUUAUGUAACUUUUUAUAUCAUUGUGCAUAUUUACACACACACACACACACAUACGCGUUAACGCACUCAUCGACAUAUAUGAAAAUAAUAUAUUUACCUAUAUAUCACACAUAUUUACGGGUUCCCCGGGAAACCCACAUGUACAUGUACUUGGAUGGCAUAUUAUUCGGCAUCGAUUGUGAAUUAUCUAUCCGCAGCGAAGCCAGUUGCUUUGUCGGUGUUAUACAACAAAAAAAACAAAUUAAAACAAGAGCAUUGUAUGUAUUCAAGAACAAAGAAAAUGUAUUAAAAUAUUUAAAAAAAUA